AUGGGGUCGAUAUACCGGUCGGAGCACAUGUCGCUGUGCCAGAUCUUCUUGCAGACAGACUCGGCAUAUCAAUGCGUCGCCGAACUCGGCGAGCUCGGCCUUGCCCAAUUCUUGGACGUUCGUUUCAAAUGGAAAUUCUCAUUAUCCCCUCUCGUGAAAUGAAGAAAAAGAAUGGAAAAUUCAGCUGAACGAAGAGAUGAACUCAUAUCAAAGGAAGUUUGUCAAUGAAGUGCGCCGGUGCGAUGAAAUGGACCGCAAACUUCGUGAGUUGUUCGAAAAAUUUUUAGGCUCAAAAAAUGCAAUAAGACCCGCUUUUUUUUCUUUGGAGUUAAUUAAUUAAUUAAAUAUCUGAAGGAAUGCAAUCAAAAAAUGGGUUUUUGGUGUGGACACUGAAGUGUGUCCGUUAUUUUCUUUUUUUCGACGGUUUCUGAGUAUUUUUUUCCUUUUUAAAUAAAUUCAUUUCUUAGUUUUUAACUUAGAUUAUUUUCUUAAGUUUUUAUAUAUAAAUAUUUCUUCUAUUUAACUUUUUUUCUUGCGUUUUUUCGAAAUUUUCGAGCUCGAAGAUUCAAACGUAGACUCGAUUGUCUGUGAAUAUAUUUAACUUUUUCAAAUAAAAAGUUUAUUUAAUUUUUUUAAACUCUCGAUUUUUUUCAGGUUACAUCGAGGAUGAGAUCACUAAGGAUCUCAUUCAUAUUCCAGAUUAUGAUGAGCACAUUCCAGCGCCUCAACCAAAACACAUGGGUGAAAUGGAGGUUGCCCUAAUUUAUAAUUAUAUUUUAGAAUUUAAUGCAAUAAACUUCAGGCCAACUUCGAGAAACUCGAAGAGGAGCUUCUGCAGAUAAAUGCCAAUUCGGCGACACUCAAGAAGAACCACAUUCAAUUAUUGGAGAUGAAGAAUGUUCUGGAGAAGGUCAAUACCCUUCUCGACUCGGUUGGUUUUGACGAUAUCAAAAGAAGCGAAACUUAUACCUCUUCUCUCCAUUUUUUCUCGUUUUCUUUCCUAGGAAAGUCAGAGAAAACUGACUUCAUAAUUUUUUAAAUCCUUGGAAAAUCAUUCCAAUAAAUCAAAAAACCUUUCAGAGGCGAAAAAUGAAAGAGCAGUGAUUGGUUUUUCGUCUUCUUAUGAAUUCUUAUCAGUUUUUAGGCCAGACGUCAGUGUUUUAUCAGUAUAAGGAAGCAGGGGGCUUGAGAGCAUGGUUUAUUGGAACGAAAGUGCAGGAAAAGGCGUAUAAAGAUCGAUAAGGGAAGAUUGAAAAACAAUAUCGAAUUUAAUCUUUUCAAAAUAACUUUCUGACGAGCUCAUGAAAAGAUUCCCAGCAUAUACACAUUGUAUGAAAGAUGAAAAAUUAUUUUGGAUUCGAGGUAAAAAGAAAAGACUUUCACCCGCCGUUUUCAAUGAUACAUUUUAGUGGAUUAAACUCUAACAAUACCGCUCCUUUCAAACUCGCAAGCCUAAUAUGUCUUUCCUUGUCAGAAUCACAAGCGCGAGGCGGCAAUGUCGAUCUCCGAAGCGGCGCGAGGCGAGGCCGGUCCCUUCACCCUCGGAGUUCGCAACGACUUCGACAAGGAACGUCGUGAUGACACCGAACUCAAGUAUUCCGCAUUUCACUGCAACUUCUCAUCUUCUCUAGGUUUGUCACCGGUGUGAUCAACCGCAACAAGGUGAUCGCCUUCGAACGAUUCCUCUGGCGAAUGUGCCGUGGAAAGGUCUUCGUCCGCACCGCCGACAUCCUCGAGAACACCGACGUCUUCUCGGUGACGUCUUCUCAUCUUCACAUAGUAAUAACCCUACUUUUUCAGCAUAAAAUCGAAUCCAAGGCCGUCUUCAUCCUGUUCUUCUCGGGAGAGCAGCUGCGAACUCGCGUCAAGAAGAUCUGUUCCGGGUAGGACGUCAAGCCGUCUGAUAUCCCAAUACGACAUGCUUGAGCUUCCACGCGACCGUGUACAACACUCCAGAGAAUGCCAUGGAGCGCGGGAAGCUUCACCAGCAGAUCGAGGCCCAAGUUGGCGACAUGCAAAGCGUCAUCCAGCAGACCCUCGACUACCGAGCCAAGAUCCUCGGCGCCGCCUCGCAAAACCUCCGCAAGUGGGGCAUCAUGGUGAGAUUUCAGCGGCUUUAUUUCUUAAUGGUUAACUGUCCCGAGUUGUAGAGACUUUGAAAGAGAGUAAUGGAGUUCAAAAAUUAGAAAUUUCUUGGAAUUAACUCAAAAAUCUUCAAUGCAUGGCAAAACGAGCUCUCGAAAAAAUUCUUAUGAACUUUUUUUCCAGCUCCUCAAGCUCAAGUCGAUCUUCCACACUUUGAAUAUGUUCUCCGUGGACGUCACCCAGAAGUGUCUGAUCGCCGAAUGUUGGGUGCCGAACGUCGACAUCGGCCUGGUCCGCGAAGCUCUCCAGCAGGGAACGGUACUGACUUCUGGAAGCUGCUUUCAGCAAUUCCUGUUUCAGGUCCACUCUGGAUCCAGCGUUCCGGCGAUUCUCAACGAGAUGGAGACGCACAAAUACCCUCCAACCUAUUUCAAGCUGAACAAGUUCACCCAGGGAUUCCAGAACAUUGUCGACGCCUACGGCAUCGCCAACUAUAGAGAAGUCAACCCGGCCCCCUGGACCAUCAUCUCCUUUCCUUUCCUCUUCGCCGUCAUGUUCGGCGAUGCCGGCCACGGAAUCAUCAUGCUUCUGGCCGCCUUGGCUCUGGUCGUAUUCGAGAAGAAACUCAUCGCUGCCAAGAUCAAGGACGAAGUCACCACACUGUCGAAUAAACUUGAAAUACUUCAGUUCUAGAUCUUCAACACGUUCUUCGGCGGUCGCUACGUCAUCCUGUUGAUGGGAAUUUUCGCGAUCUACACGGGUUUCAUCUACAACGACUUCUACUCCAAAUCGAUCAACCUUUUCGGCUCCAGCUGGAAGAAUCCUUACAAGUUUGAGAUGGUUGAUUUUCUGCAAAAAUAAUGCGAUUAUUUCCGCGUCGAUAUAUAACUUGCCUGAUGUUUUUCUUCAUUUGCCUCAAAACUCAAUAUUAGGUAUAGGAAGAAAUAUUCAAUAGAAGAAACGUGCGUCAAGCUUUUUUUUUUUCGAAGUUACUUUCGCAAGUUUGGAACUUUUACCAUUAAAAAAAUAAUAAGAAACUCUGAAAGAGGGUGAAGUAUCAGAUCAAUUUGGCAGUUUAUCUGUUUCUGGCUUAAAUAAUAUAAAAAAACUUAACAGAUUUCACAGGAAAAAAAUUUCAGACACGACCUCCUGGAAAAAAAUGGACUACCAGGGGUACCUUAUCGGUAACGAGCUCGAUCUCACCUUUCCGCCAGAAAUUGCCUUCGACCAUAGCUAUGUACGUUUCUUGCAGAAAAAGAAAAGCUCCCGAUAACAAAAUUUAUCUACAGCUCCCAGAAAAGAUUCGAAAACGCUUUUUUUUAUCACAACUUUGUCUUAUGGAGUUUAACCUUUCUGAAAGAACCUGGAGUUAUGAUGAUUUUUACUUGUAAAACUCUGGUGAAACUCCCGUUCCUUUAAAAAAGGCAGCUUUUUUUUAAAAAUAAUAAUAAUAAUUUAUGUGUGAACCCCAACGAGUUCACUUCGAUCUACAAUUUAAAUAAGGAAAAAAAAGUUGAAGUAAAAAACAAAAAAUUGAGAUCAGUUAAGUCUUGGUGGAAUAGAGGUAAAAAAUUCGUUGCGAGGUAAAACGACCAAUAAUUUUUUCAAAGAAUUAGGUGGAAGGGUGAACUUCAUAGUUUUCCAAAAAAAAAAUUGAGCUCCCUACGAGGAAGUUGUGAACGAAAUUUCAUUUCUUAUGCUUUUUGACAGUACUAGUUUCAAGGGACCCUAUCCUUUCGGCUUGGACCCGGUCUGGAACAUCGCCAAAAACCGACUCAACUUCCUCAACCCGAUGAAAAUGAAGACGUCGAUCAUCCUCGGAAUCUCCCAGAUGGCGUUCGGUAUCAUGCUCUCGCUCAUGAACUACACGUUCGUCUCUGAUUUCAUCCACUGCUUCAGAAAAGAUGUUCAGACACAACCGAUCUUUGGUCGACAUUUUCUUCGUCUUCAUCCCCCAAUGCCUCUUCCUUGGCUGCAUCUUCGUAUACCUUUGCAUCCAGGUGAAAAGGAAUCACCUGAAAAGUCAACAUUUUUUUUGAUUCCAGGUAAUCAUGAAGUGGAUCUUCUUCUACGUCAACCCGGCCUUCGUCUUCGGUCAUCUGUAUCCUGGUGCCAACUGCGCUCCGUCGUUGCUUAUCGGACUUAUCAAUAUGUUCAUGAUGAAGAGCCGCGAUGUGAGUUCAAUCAUAACAUUAUGUGUAUGAAAAAAACGUUUUUUUGCCGAAAAUAUCCUACAAAAAUCACAAGUUGGUUUUAAGGUAAAUUCGUCUAAAAAAAGUAAAUGAUCACUUUGAAAAAAGAGAAGACAAUUUAAUGCAUGAACUUUACAAAAAAGAAUCCGAGAUCGAAGAAUAACCUGCUUUCGCCAAUUUCAAGUAAAAAUCAAACAGCAAUCACACUCACGUUUUUUGAGCCAUUUAGCAAGCCCUUAAGUGGCUUUAGCGUUUUUUCCAUAUAUUCUUAGCGAUACAUAUUCGUCCGGUACGCGUUACGAGUGUAUGAUACUUCUCGGACCUUGAUAACGGAACCGGACGCUCCCCGGACGUGUCUCAGCAAAUCUGGGGGUUGCUUAAGUAAAAACGUCCGGUUUGAGAAGAUCCGAGAUUCAACAGAAAGGGAAAACUUUCAUCGUUGGAGCGCAAUCGCCUCGCCGUAAAAGUUUUUACGGCUAUAUUUCCACAAAUUCAGCCGCAAUUCAUCAUCAACUACGGCACGGGUAGCAAGAACGUGACGAUCGACGGAAAGGUCUACCUCUACGAUGACACGGACCAGUGCUACCUCCAGCAAUGGUACCCCCAACAGGUAGAAGAUUGAGAAAAAAUAACUGAGAAAAAGAAACUUUCAAGGGUCUCGUCGAGAAAAUUCUCCUCCUCGUUGCGGUUAUUUCCAUCCCAGUCAUGCUUUUCGUCAAGCCGUUCUACAUCCGCUGGCGUCACUCCCGCGGGCUUCCUAUUGACAUGGGCCACGGACAUGGCGAUGAUAAUGCCGAGGUUUGAAAGUCCAUCUCAAAAUAUGUGGAGAAAAACCAUUCAGUUCUCCUUUGGUGACGUCAUGGUCUACCAAGCGAUUCACACUAUUGAGUUUGCCCUUGGUUGCAUCUCCCACACCGCGUCUUAUCUCCGACUUUGGGCUCUCUCUCUGGCUCACGCUCGUUAGUCUUUUCGAUCAAGAUUCGAGCCCUAAGUUAUCGAAAGACAUUGUUUAUUGGGGGUUAAGUGAGCUUUUAUCUAAUUUCGGUUAACUGAAGUUUUCUAGGCUUGGAAUUUUUUAUGUGAUGGUUUUUUGGGAACAUAUUUUUCAUAGAAAAGUUCAGGAUCAAUAAGACGAAUUCAAGAUUCAAUUUAAACUUCAGCCUCAAAAGAUAGAUUGAUGAAAUUUUAAACUAAUAUUUUUAAAAUUUUUCAGAGUCAAAACCUUUCGGAAUGAACUUUUUUUAGACUAAUAGAGCUUUCAGUUUUCAAAAAUCAAGUCAAAGAGUAUUAAGAGAGGUCGGUUUGAUAACGAUUCAGUCAAAGAUACACUUCAAAAAUCUGCCUGAACCUUCAAUAAUAAUGUUUUCAAGCAUAAUUAGAGCCAGUUAGUAAGGGAGCCGAUCUAAUGACCUUCUGGACCAAAGUCAAACACCCAAACCACUAGACGAUACUUUGCAGAGCUGUCCGACGUUCUCUGGUCGAUGGUGCUGAGCUUGGCUCUGAAGAUGAACGGCUGGGCGGGCGCCGCCGCAAUCUCCAUCAUCUUCUACUGUUUCUUCUCGGUCCUGUCCGUCUUCAUCCUCAUCCUCAUGGAGGGCCUCUCCGCCUUCCUCCACGCCCUCCGUCUUCACUGGUCUCCCUUCUAUCUUCAGUUUCAAUGAUCAACUACACGUUUCAGGGUGGAGUUCAUGUCAAAGUUCUACGGCGGCACUGGCAUCCAGUUCGAGCCGUUCAGCUUCACCAAGAUCAUCCGCGUCUACGAAGGCCUGGAUCAGUAG